AUGGAACACCUUAACGGCCCCGCGAUUCUCUCUGGACUCCUCAUGUCCAGUGUUGUUUACUGGCAUGUGUACUACCUCGCUGACUACCUCCUCCGCAAGUAUGCACCAACAGUCCACGAACGACUCAAUAACGAAGACCAAAUACGGAAGCUUAUGCCCCUCGUUAUCACACUGGUUCGAAUGGCCUUUGGUCUUACAGUGGUUUUGCCGUCCUGUAUCCAAGCUGCGAGAACUACACCAUGGGGAGUUGAUCAGCCCCUGAACAACGCAGGGAAAGUCUGCGUUGUAUCACAGCUUGCAGUAUGGUCCAACGAGUUACCUCAGGCACGGCUCUACUCUAUGGAGCUGUUCGUACAUCAUAUUCUCUGUCUCGUUGCGACAGCCAACAUCAUUCUUUCUCCACCGAUACACCAGAUCAAACCCCUCUACAUCUAUUUUGGGUCACAGUGCGGUGAUAUCGGGCCAGGAUCUGUCAUGAUACUACGAAUGGCUGGCCACAAGCUCAAGACUUCGAAGUUGUUGUACAAUGUUUCCUUGGGAUCGACGUUACUGUUGAUCUUUGGUCGUAUCGGAGGCGCUUUCUACACCCUCACCCAUGUCCUCACCGACCCCUAUAACCUCGCCGACUGGGUGGGCGCCCUUGGCAUCUUGGUCUUUGGGUCCUACUCUACAUAUACUGCGUUUCAGCACUUGAGACGCCUCGAGAUCAUCAAAGUUGAUCCCGUGAGGUACAAGAUCACCUACUUCCGCCACUUCGCAGUGCCUAUAUCGCACUCGUUACUGGCAGUCGCCUGUAGCGUUACACUCCUGUCAAGCUUGUUUCUAUAUGGCAUCUACCUUGGACGGCCCUUGAAGCCUGGUGAAACACAUGGACUGUCACUUCACAGCCUUAUUGCCGUUGCACUUGGCAUGACGGGGGCUUUGGUCGCAAGGCUCGCUUACCCGCAUAAUGCCUCCCGAUCUAAUUCCUGGGGGCGUUUGUACGUUCCGUUUGGUACGAUCUUGGCGGUUACGUGUAUCUCACUUAACAGCACUUUCACGAGCUAUACGGACCACAAUACAGUUAUGGCAUCGAUAGGGGUCAGCUUACCUCUGUUCUUCAGCCUUGCGAGGGUAGCUCAAUACUACGCAGCCAAGGAUGUAGAAGUAGUGCGCGAUGCGAAGCUACCUCCAGGCGACAGCUUUAUAAGGAGACACGUUGAGAUUGCCCUUGAACAUGCUGUCAUAUUCGGCAUCCUUCUGGGGAUCUUGAUUAUCAACCUCCUGAGUCUCCCAGAGGCAGCCCGUCUUUCAAUUGCAGCAUGCCUUGUCGUGCAACUUCGAUAUCGUUGGAAUAUCGUUCCUCUAGCCGCUGCAAAUAUCCAUGGGCUGGCAGGCGCUUUGCUGGCUAUAGUCCUCAUCGUGUUCGAGCCUGGCUUUAUUGCUUUUGCCACAGCUGGAAGAUUCAUCCGCCUUGAAAAUUCUUGGUCCGCCAUUUUCCAGAACUAUCUGCUUCUAGGAGGAACUGUUAUGGCUGCUAUCUCUGUGCCUAGAUCUGAGACUGCAUCAAGGCCAUGUGAGACUAUGAAGAAGCCUUGCAGGUCAAAGAGGUUUCAUCCUAUCACCAUAAUCUUUGUCUUCUUCUGCAUUCUACAGGCAAUGCUAAUUGCGAAGUACGUGACUUUCGAUGGGAAGACCUCAGAGAUUUGUCCUGGUUUUGUGAACUUUAGAUCAAUCUUUUCAGACGUUUACACUUGGGUGGGCGCACUUCACAUGGCCUCAUUGCCCGUGGUUGUUUUACGGGAGUUGGAGUAG